CCUCCCUGCGGGCGGGGGGCUGGGGGGAGGGGCGUCAAGAUGGCGGCGGAGAGGUAGGCAGAGCCGGACGCCGCUGCCGCUGCCGCCGCCGCCGCCGUCGCCGCCUCCGCCUCCGCUCUAGUCGCCUCUGGUUCUUAAAGCUCUCACCGCCGGGGAGAAGCUGUCCUGGCGUCGGGUCCCGCGAGGAAAAUGGUGGAACCAGGGCAAGAUUUACUGCUCGCUGCUUUGAGUGAGAGUGGAAUUAGUCCAAAUGACCUCUUCGAUAUUGAUGGUGGAGAUGCUGGGCUUGCAACCCCAACGCCUACCACUCCAGUUCAGCAGUCGGUGCCACUUAGUGCAUUAGAACUAGGUUUGGAGACGGAAGCAGCAGUUCCUGUUAAACAAGAAUCAGAGACGGUACCUACUCCCGCACUGUUAAAUGUGAGGCAGCCUCCAUCUACUACAACGUUUGUGUUGAAUCAGAUAAAUCAGCUUCCAACCUUGGGAUCUACAAUUGUAAUGACUAAAACACCACCUGUUACAACCAAUCGGCAAACCAUCACUUUAACAAAGUUUAUCCAGACUACCGCAAAUACACGCCCUUCAGUCUCAGCACCAGUAGUACGAAAUGCCAUGACCUCUGCACCUUCAAAAGAGCAGGUUCAACUGAAGGAUCUACUCAAAAAUAAUAGUCUCAAUGAACUUAUGAAACUGAAACCACCUGCUAAUAUCGCUCAACCAGUUGCAACAGCAGCUACUGACGUGAGUAAUGGUACAGUGAAGAAAGAGUCUUCUAAUAAAGAAGUAGCAAGAAUUUGGAUAAAUGACAUGAAGAUGAGGAGUUUUUCCCCAACCUUGAAGGUUCCUGUUGUAAAAGAGGAGGAUGAACCAGAGGAAGAAGAUGAAGAAGAAAUGGGUCAUGCAGAAACCUAUGCCGAGUAUAUGCCAAUAAAAUUGAAAAUUGGCCUACGUCACCCAGAUGCUGUAGUGGAAACUAGCUCUUUAUCCAGUGUUACUCCUCCUGAUGUUUGGUACAAAACAUCAAUCUCUGAAGAGACCAUUGAUAAUGGUUGGUUAUCAGCUUUACAGCUUGAAGCAGUUACAUAUGCAGCCCAGCAACAUGAGACAUUCCUUCCUAAUGGAGAUCGAGCUGGCUUCCUAAUAGGUGAUGGUGCUGGUGUGGGAAAAGGCAGAACGAUAGCAGGAAUCAUCUAUGAAAAUUACUUGUUGAGUAGAAAAAGAGCAUUAUGGUUUAGUGUUUCAAAUGAUUUAAAGUAUGAUGCUGAAAGAGAUUUGAGGGAUAUUGGAGCAAAAAACAUUUUGGUUCAUUCAUUAAAUAAGUUUAAGUAUGGGAAAAUUUCAUCCAAACAUAAUGGGAGUGUGAAAAAGGGUGUUAUUUUCGCUACCUAUUCUUCCCUUAUUGGUGAAAGCCAGUCUGGUGGUAAAUAUAAAACGAGGUUGAAACAGCUUCUGCAUUGGUGUGGUGACGACUUCGAUGGAGUGAUAGUUUUUGAUGAAUGUCAUAAAGCAAAAAACCUUUGUCCUGUUGGUUCUUCAAAACCAACCAAGACAGGCUUAGCAGUUUUAGAGCUUCAAAACAAAUUGCCAAAAGCCAGAGUUGUUUAUGCUAGUGCCACUGGUGCUUCUGAACCACGCAACAUGGCCUAUAUGAACCGUCUUGGAAUAUGGGGCGAGGGAACUCCAUUUAGAGAAUUCAGUGAUUUUAUUCAAGCAGUGGAACGCAGAGGGGUUGGUGCCAUGGAAAUUGUUGCUAUGGAUAUGAAGCUUAGAGGAAUGUACAUUGCCCGACAGCUGAGCUUUACUGGAGUGACCUUCAAAAUUGAGGAAGUUCUUCUUUCUCAGAGCUAUGUUAAAAUGUACAACAAAGCAGUCAAACUGUGGGUCAUUGCCAGAGAGCGAUUUCAGCAAGCUGCGGAUCUGAUUGAUGCUGAACAACGAAUGAAGAAGUCCAUGUGGGGUCAGUUCUGGUCCGCUCACCAGAGAUUUUUCAAAUACUUGUGCAUAGCAUCCAAAGUUAAAAGGGUUGUGCAACUAGCUCGGGAGGAAAUCAAGAAUGGAAAAUGUGUCGUAAUUGGUCUGCAGUCUACAGGAGAAGCUAGAACUUUGGAAGCCUUGGAAGAGGGCGGAGGAGAAUUGAAUGAUUUUGUUUCAACUGCCAAAGGAGUCCUGCAGUCACUCAUUGAAAAACACUUCCCUGCUCCGGAUAGAAAGAAACUUUAUAGCUUGCUGGGAAUUGAUCUGACAGCUCCAAGUAAUAACAGCUCACCAAGAGAUAGUCCUUGUAAAGAAAGUAUAAAGAAGCGGAAAGGUGAAGAAAUAGCUCGAGAAGCCAAAAAAGCACGAAAAGUCGGUGGCCUUACUGGUAGCAGUUCUGAUGAGAGUGGGAGUGAGUCUGAUGCCUCUGACAAUGAAGAAAGUGACUACGAGAGCUCUAAAAACAUGAGCUCUGGAGAUGACGACGAUUUCAAUCCAUUUAGAGACGAGUCUAGUGAGGAUGAUGAGGAUGAUCCCUGGUUAAUCAGAAAAGAUCACAAGAAAAACAAAGAUAAGAAAAAGAAGAAGAGUAUAGAUCCAGAUUCUAUUCAAAGUGCCUUAUUAGCAUCAGGUCUUGGAUCAAAACGACCUAGUUUUUCAUCUACACCAGUUAUCUCACCUGCUCCUAACAGUGCACCAGCUAACAGUAACACCAACAGUAACAGUAGCCUCAUAACUAGUCAGGACGCUGUGGAAAGGGCCCAACAGAUGAAGAAAGACCUACUGGAUAAAUUAGAAAAGCUAGCUGAAGACCUGCCUCCUAAUACUCUGGAUGAACUUAUCGAUGAACUUGGUGGUCCAGAGAACGUUGCUGAGAUGACUGGCCGCAAGGGUCGGGUUGUGAGCAAUGAUGAUGGAAGCAUAUCUUAUGAGUCAAGAUCUGAACUUGAUGUGCCUGUGGAGAUACUAAAUAUCACAGAAAAACAAAGAUUUAUGGAUGGAGAUAAGAAUAUUGCUAUCAUCUCAGAAGCUGCCAGCUCAGGUAUUUCAUUACAAGCAGAUCGGAGAGCCAAAAAUCAAAGGCGAAGAGUUCAUAUGACUUUGGAGUUACCCUGGAGUGCUGAUAGAGCAAUUCAACAAUUUGGAAGAACUCAUAGAUCAAAUCAAGUUACUGCUCCCGAGUACGUCUUUUUGAUUUCUGAGUUGGCAGGAGAACAAAGAUUUGCAUCUAUUGUUGCUAAAAGACUUGAGAGUUUGGGGGCCCUUACACAUGGUGACAGGCGAGCAACAGAAUCUAGGGACCUGAGCAGGUUCAACUUUGAUAAUAAGUAUGGAAGAAAUGCUUUAGAAAUUGUUAUGAAAUCCAUUGUAAAUUUGGACUCUCCUAUGGUAUCACCACCUCCAGACUAUCCCGGAGAAUUCUUUAAAGAUGUUCGACAAGGACUGAUAGGAGUCGGCCUGAUCAAUGUAGAAGAUCGCUCGGGAAUUCUUACUCUUGAUAAAGAUUAUAAUAACAUAGGAAAAUUCUUAAAUAGAAUUCUGGGCAUGGAGGUGCAUCAACAGAAUGCAUUGUUUCAGUAUUUUGCGGACACACUUACUGCAGUUGUUCAAAAUGCCAAAAAAAAUGGAAGAUAUGAUAUGGGAAUCCUAGAUCUUGGUUCUGGAGAUGAAAAGGUGAGGAAAAGUGAUGUUAAGAAGUUUCUGACGCCAGGAUAUUCAACCUCUGGCCACGUCGAAUUAUACACGAUAAGUGUAGAGAGAGGAAUGUCCUGGGAGGAAGCAACCAAAAUUUGGGCGGAGCUGACAGGACCAGAUGAUGGCUUUUACUUAUCACUGCAAAUAAGGAACAACAAGAAAACGGCAAUCUUAGUUAAAGAAGUAAACCCUAAAAAGAAACUUUUCUUGGUUUAUCGACCAAAUACCGGGAAACAGCUCAAAUUAGAAAUUUAUGCUGACUUAAAAAAGAAAUAUAAGAAGGUAGUCUCAGAUGAUGCCCUGGUGCACUGGUUAGAUCAGUAUAAUUCAUCUGCAGAUACCUGUACUCAUGCUUACUGGCGUGGCAAUUGCAAAAAAGCAAGUUUGGGAUUAGUUUGUGAAAUUGGUCUUCGCUGCCGCACAUAUUAUGUAUUAUGUGGUUCAGUACUUAGCGUGUGGACAAAAGUUGAAGGUGUUCUCGCAUCCGUCAGUGGCACAAAUGUGAAAAUGCAAAUAGUUCGGUUAAGAACAGAAGACGGACAACGGAUUGUAGGUUUAAUCAUUCCGGCAAAUUGUGUAUCUCCUCUUGUAAAUCUCCUGUCAACUUCAGACCAGUCUCAACAGCUUGCAGUCCAACAAAAACAGUUAUGGCAGCAGCAUCACCCACAGAGCAUCGCCAACUUGAGCAACGCAUAAAGAAAAGAUAGGUUUCAACACGGAUGUAUCUGAAAUGCUGUGGGAGCAUAUCAUUUGCAUAAAAAUCAGGGACAGUUUCCAAAGAAUUAUAUAUUUUUUUCAGUUGUGCUCUCUGUAGUUAAUUUUUUGGGGAAUAAGGACAACCUGGAAUAGAUAACAAAACUGAAAAUCAGCAGUGCCGAUGGUGGUACAUGUGUCUUUCCUUUUGCUUCCUUUGGGACUUUUCGGUAUGCUUUUACUUUGGGUGAGCAGAGGAGGAUGUGUGUGUGUGUGUGUGUGUGUGUGUGUGUGUGUGUGUGUGUAUGUGUAUGUGUAUGUGUGAGAGAGAGAGAGAGUCUGUGGAUUUGUUAAAGGCUACAAACCACAAUGAAUUUAAAUGCUUGGAACUUCCCAAACUGGCUCUACUUUUUUGUUACACAGUGCUCAGGGUUAACGCAGUGCAUCCAUGUCAUUGCUGUGGGAGUUAUCCCCAGAUGCAUGUGUUUCAAGUCUGUAAUUAUAGAAAAUAUAUAUUGGUUUCUUUUUCCAACUUAAACAAUAGGUUUACUAAAGCAUGAAAUGAAAGGUUGCAUUAUCAUGCAUUCGGGUUCUUCUGUAGUUUUUGUUCUGACCGUGCAUGUCUUUGAAGCAUGCGUAAACAAGAUUAACACAGGAGUCAAGUAUCAGAGAGAAACAUUUUUAGGUGUACAGCAUUGGUCAUUGCAUUUUUAUAGUGUUUAUACCUGGGUAUUGCUUCUAACCCCACAACCCCCCCCCCAAUCUCCUCUUGCCCCAGGUUUCUUGUCAAGAUAAUGAGUACAUACCUUUUUUUGUGAUAAAACUCUGAAAAAUUAAUGUAUUAAUAGUAUUCCUAAUGUGUGCUGCAAAAAUGGCUAUAAGCUCCUUUUCCUAAAGUUACAUUUUCCUUAACUUAAGGACAGUUUUAGAAAGAAGUACGAUUGGCUUCCAUCUUGCAAACAAUCUUUUUUUCAUUAUCUGGAUUUACUUUGUCACUCAAACAGGAAACCAUACUUGAGUUGUGAACUAGACAAUGAGGAAACACUUGAGGCUUCUGCUGUAUGUGUUUUUGUUGUUGUUGUUGAUGAUGUUGUUGUCGUUACCCAGUAACUUGAAUAUGUUUAACAUGUUGUAAGACAUUGUAGAGUUUAUUUCAAACUGUUAAAAAUGGUAAUGUACAAAUGUGAAUAGACACUUAUCUAUAACAUGGGUAAGUUUUGUGUCGCCUAUAAUAGAUGUUUAUAAAAGCGAAUGAGGGGACGUUGGUCUUUUUGUUUCCCCCCCUCCUUUUUUUGCUUGCACAGGUUGCACUAUUGAAAAAUUGAGAUUGUAUAAACCUGGUCAAAAGCUGCAAGAUACCAAUAUCUUGUAGAUGUUAAAUAAAAAAGUUAUUAUACUAAUGAAGUGGACUCUUGUUUAGGCCCUCACUGGGGACUUUUAGAAGUAGUCUGAUGGGGCUCUGUAGAAGUUGGUAUAGCCUCAGCAUUCCAGGUAGAUGUAGAGUCCGUUUAAAAUUUACUGCUUCAAUUUGAGGUAUUGUUGAGGAAGCGGUAACAUGACAAUACUUUUGAAAAUUGAAUUGUUCCCUUUGUAGCUUUUUAAAUUUCUGAGAGAAUUGGGUGAGAUGUGUGUUAAGUGAUAGAAACUGAUGGAACGUUUAGGGCUUCCAUCCUCUUCUGUUUCUUUUAAGCCUGAGUUUGGUUAAGUUUACCCAAUAAGGUUUUUUUUUUGGAUUUAUUUAUUCUUAGUGCCUAAAAGAACAAAUUGGGAAUAACUUCUCUUGUUGGGCACAUUUUGCCCAGUGGAUGCAACUUUUAUCCUCAGUCUAGUCCGUGUAUCUCAGGCAGUGAUCCAUAUGGAUAUCCAUCAGUGCCCCUUGUCAGAGCCACUAGAUCCAGCUGGCAACCAUGAGCAGAGUUGUGUCCACCUUCAGUAGCACCUCCAAGUUAGUGCUUCUGUUUUUAAGCUGUUGAUCUGGUCAGCACCCUUCAGCGUGUUAAGGUGAAUGUGAACAUGAACUGGGGAAGGGAGGCAUGUCUAAUCUCCCUCCCAUGAGGCAAAAUGCUGGGGUCAGGAAAGGUACUCUGAGGUCGUUGACUCUUCUCCCCUUUCUGGGUAUGAGGGUGUCUGUUUCAGCAGGUCCUGUGUUUUUUAUGGUGUUUUUAGAACAGCAUCAGAAGAAAGAUUCUUUAGCAGAUACUUAAAUGACGUUUUCCCUCAUCCCUCCCCAGGUCAUGCUGUCAUGUUUGUUCUUAGAGUAGCCACCUUGAUACAGAAGGGCCUAAGUAGGUUCUGUUCUUUGUAGAACCUCCUUUUUGUUGUUUAUUUAAAAAAUAAGAUCCAGAAAUAAGGCAUCUGAAAGACUUUCAAAAGGUAACCAGUGUGGAUGGUUGGGAGCUGGGUACCACACGCCCACACCUGUUGUGCAUGUAUAGCACCCAAAGGCUAGUGCCCACCCCCUCUGGAGGUGAACAUCUGGCAUCUUUACUGUUCUCCUACAAAAGUCAGCUAGUCUAAGUCAGCCACAAGCAAAGUCCCAGCAUUCAAGGACAUCUGUCAAAAAUUAAGUCUUCACAACAGCUAAUCUAAUAUAAAAUAACAUCCGUGUUUUGCAGGAUCUAAAUGCUACAUGUGUACCCAGUUUGUUUAACCCAACGUGAGUCUAUUUGGCCUCUCCAAUGCCUUUUUUUCCUCUUUAGCAAUAUGAUUCUGAGCAUGCAGAUUUGAUUGUAAAUCAUCAGUGUUUCAGAGUUUACAGUGCUGAUUAUACUGAAAACCACUCCCUGAGUCCAGAGCUGCUCAUUUGUUGUAGUUGGGGAAGUGGUGUCCCCUCACUCAGCAGCCUCCAUCCUGCAAGUUCUUUCUGCAGUCUGGAUAGCUGCAUUAUUCAGAUAGGUUUUCAAAAGUGUUGAAUUCAUAGAAAUAUUAGCAUAUUAACAAAGUGUUUCUUUAAACAAAAUUGGAUCAAAAAGUAGGUGUGUUUAGCAGUUUUCCCUUUGCUACUAAAUUGCAGAUGCUCUUCUAUAUCUUCUCUUUACCUGUAUAUAAAUUAGCAAGAACCAGCAUCCAAAGCACUGUAGGGGAGAGAGAAUGUAUUUAUUCUAACUCAUUAGCACUUCAGAAACCUUUUUGAGUUGCAGCAAUGAACCUUUUAGUUUUGAGUUUGCUCUAUCUUUAAAAGUUCUAGAUCACUAAACUUCAGGGGAAUAUAAUGUUUUAGAGUCACAAUUUUUUACUGUAGCCCCUGAGGCAUCGAUUGGCUGGUCUUCAUAUGAUGCUCUAUUAGAACAGCUUCUAACAGGGAAGAAAGGUGCCAGGACGCCACUUACAGUUGUGCGAUGGGACCCACCUCCUCCUUCCACCCCCUCUCCAUUUUAGCACGAGGGCAGAAAGCAGUAGAGGAUUGCUGCAUCUCACAUUAUAAAGGUAGGAACAGACGUUCCUUUCAGGUCCUUUUCUUGGUAAGAUCUCAGAGGGAAGGACCUUACCCAGGUUCUCUCAUUUUAAAAAUAUACCUGGGCCGUAUUGGGUGGUUUCUAAGAUGGUGCUAUGAAGGCGCAUUGUCGGGCUGGAUCCAGAUGAGGACUGUUGGGUUAGUUCAGGAGUUCCGAGUGCAGAUAAAACCACUGUGAUGGUGGGCAUUUGUUGAUGCCCCUCCUUGUGUCUGCGGUCUCCGGUCUCCGUGGCUAACACCACACCCACACACACUUGCGCAUGCACAUUUUGCUGCUAAAAUGUAGCAAGCAUUCCAUAUCAUGGCUGCAGCUCAGCAAAACCAUUUGCAGAACAAUUCCUCAUUCAAGGCCAGUUGUCCAAUACAGAUGUCAUGUCCUUUAAGUGAAAGAGACAUCUAGAUGCCUGCAAUCCAGCUUGUUAGCUAGUGUUUGUCUGAGUGUGUUGGUGAUCUCUAGAGCCCGCCCUCUAAUGUAUGCUGUAAUUAUAUAUAUGUACAUACGUGUGUAUAUAUAGAAAUGAGUUCUUUUGAAUUCUGAAUGUAAAUAUUUCUUGUACAUUGGGACCCUAUCUGCUUGUUUUUCCCUCUCCCAUCUUCACUCCUAUUUAUUCUUUUCUUGACUUCCCAUAUGGGGCAUCUUAACCUUUUUUUUUAAAUAAUUUAGGAAAGUGUGGAAAACUUAUUUUAGUUGGAAUUGUUCCUAUAUUUUGGCAUUUAGUUUCGAAUUUUGCUAUAGAAUUCCUGUCUGGUCUGUGUUAAUGUUUUUCAACAUGCUUGUUUUGUAUUUUUGUUACAGUUUUUACUGCGUGCAGUACAUUGUGUUGGAGGAGUGCACUUGAGUGCCAUUUCUGACACUGUCAUCAUGACUGGUUAUGCUCAUUCAUGUUCUUUGGAGGCUGUAGUGAGCCUGAUGUUUUCACAUUUAAAAAAAAAAAAAAUGCUUCCCAAAACUUGCUUGAAGCUCCUCUAACUUCUUCAGU